AUGUCUGGCAAUAACUGCACUGCUGUGACUGAAUUCAUUCUUUUGGGGUUAACAGAUGAUCCAACCCUUCGUAUCAUUCUCUUUCUGAUAUUCCUGGGUGUCUAUACAGUCACAUUAGUUGGUAACCUUACCUUAAUUAUAUUGAUCAGAAUUAGCUCCCAACUUCAUACUCCAAUGUACCUUUUCCUCAGUCACUUGGCUUUUGUGGAUAUUGAAAUUUCCUCAUCUAUCACACCUCUCAUGCUCAUGAAUUACCUCAAGGACAUAACCUUAAUCUCUCUGCCAGGGUGUUUGACCCAAUUGUGCUGGGGAGCCACCUUUGGGACAGCUGAAUGCUUCCUACUGGCUGCGAUGGCCUAUGAUCGGUAUAUGGCCAUCUGUAAUCCCCUACUCUACUCCAUUAACAUGACUUCUAAGGUCUGUACUCUAUUACUCAUCACGUCCUAUGUGGGUGGCUCUGUGAAUGCUUGGUUCUUUAUUGGUUGCUUAUUGAAUCGGUCUUUCUGUGGAGACAAUAAAAUCAAUCACUUUUUUUGUGAUUAUUCACCACUUUUGAAACUUUCCUUCUCUGAAGAUAAUCUUGCUGAAAUUCUUCCUCCUGCCUCUGCUGCAUUAGUACUUAUGAGCACAGUAUUCAUUAUCAUGAUUUCUUAUGUAUACAUCCUCUUUUCUGUCUUGAAGAUAAACUCUACUGAGGGGAGAUCCAAAGCUUUCUCAACUUGUACUUCCCAUCUCACAGCAGUCACUCUGUAUUAUGGAACCCUUACUUUAAUUUAUGCAAUGCCCAAGUCUAGCUAUUCAUCAGAUGAAAAUAAAGUGAUUUCUGUUUUCUACAGUGUAAUGAUCCCCAUGUUGAACCCCCUAAUCUACAGUUUAAGGAACAAUGAAGUAAAAGGAGCCCUAAGAAAACUGAUGAGUAGGAAAGAUUUUUUUCGCUCAAAUCCCAUGUUCUGCAAGAAGUGUUCCCUCUCUAACUAA